AAAAGCUGCCCAUUGUCUUCAACAGCCGCUGUUUGAUUCUGCAGGCGCCCAUUGACAGCUGAAGCCAGGAGCCCGACAGACCCGGAGCCAUGAAUCCCAAAGGGGAUAAGCCGAAGUCGAAGAUUUCGGCUUCUCGCAAGCUCUCCCUCAAGAUGCUUCUCCUCACACGAGCCUGUGAGGAUCUGGAGAGGGAGACGCAGGAGAGGGAGGAGGAGAAAGUCCGCUACUUAGGAGAGAAGCUGCCCCCUUUGCAGCUCUCUGGAUUACAACUGGAUGAGCUACAAAAUCUAUGCAAACAGCUUCAUUCAAAAAUUGAUGUUGUGGACGAGGAGAGAUAUGACUGUGAAUCCAAAGUGGGCAAACACAACAAAGAUAUCCACGAGCUGAAGCUGAAGGUGCAGGACCUCGGGGGCAAGUUCAAAAAGCCGGCCCUGAGGAAGGUGAGGGUGUCUGCAGACGAGAUGAUGAGAGCUCUCCUGGGGUCCAAACACAAGGGCUCGAUGGACCUCAGAGCCAACCUCAAGUCUGUGAAGAAGGAGGACGUCAAAACGGACAAGGUGCUCACUAGUGAGGUGGGCGACUGGCGUAAGAACGUGGAGGCCAUGUCCGGCAUGGAGGGCCGCAAGAAGAUGUUCGACACAGGCGGCGGAGCCCAGUGAGGAGUCCUGCAAGUGACGAAGCUGAUCAGCUAAGAGCAAGGAAGAGGAGGCUGGAAUACUUACCUGAAGGCUAAAUGACUUGAAAGCUGUAGGAAUUAAGCAUUAAAGCAUGCAUAAAAUCUAGAUAGAACAUCAGCUACGCCUCCAUGUGCUAGAUGGCCAUUUUCUGUGCAAUGACUCAAAGCACUUAAAACAUAAGAUGAGUAGAGACCCAUUGUUUUUUAUUACUAAGCAACAUUUGUUUUGUUAUGACAUAUUUAGACAAUUAAAGUGGAUGUGAAUAA